AUGACUGAUAACACUGAAGCAAAUUAUGAAGAUAGAACAACUAUAAAAUCUGUAGCAACAACUAAAGAAACAGAUAAUGAAGAAGAAAUUUAUUCAAGAACUACUAUGGCUAAUGUUUCGCCUAAUUCUGUGAUAGACGUUGAAUCAACUCCAGGUUUAAAGCCUGAGACAGCUUCUAAAGCAAAUUUUUCACCCGUUGAAACAACAUCUUUAGCAAAUAUUGAAGCAACGUCAAACAAUGAAGCAAAAUCUGUAUCAAAUAUUGAAACGUCCCCUGAAGCAGGUGUUGAAGCAAAGACUGUAUCAAGUAUUGAAGAAUCCUCUAAAGCUAAUAUUGAAGCAAAACCUGUAGCAGGUAUUCAAGCAUCUUCUGGAUCAGGUAUUGAAGCAUCCUCUAAAGGAAGCAUUGAAGCAUCUUCUGAAGCGAAUAUUGAAGCAAAAACUGUAGCAAGUAGUGAAGCAUCCUCUAAAGGAAGUAUUGAAGCAACUUCGAUAAAGUCUGAAGUCAAAGAUACUAAAACAAGUCUGAAAGGAAAUUCUUUAUCAUCUAAUACGGCUACACCUUUAUCAAAUAUUGAAGCUUCUCUAUCAGCUACAGACAAAAUACGAUCAACUUCGUUGACUUCAAAAUUUGAAUCAAACUCUAUUUCAACCGUCAAAUCAAGUUCUUCAAAUUUUGAAACAACUGUGCCUUCUGCUACUAAUUCCCGUUUGAAUUCUAAUAAAUUGAAUACCGAAACAACUUCCGAAUCUGAAGCAAAAAUUAAGUCUUCCGAAUUUGAAGCAACAACAAAGUUUCCCUUCGAAGCUGAAGCAACAACUAGGUUUCCCUUCGAGGCUGAAGCAAGAAGGAAGUUUCCCUCCGAAGCUGAAGCAGAAAUGAAGUCUUCCAAAUCUAAGGUAUCAACAAAGUCUCUCUUCACAUCUUCAACAUCAGAAGCCGAAUCACCUUCUAAAACAGGCUCUUUAGUGAAUUUUUCUACUGAAGCAACUUUUGUAGCAAAUAACACAAAACCUGAAGCUUUAACAAUAAUAUCAACAAGUUUUACGCCUCACAUUUCAUCAUUAAACACUAGAAGAAAUUUUGAAACAAAUUUUGCUUCAAAUAACACUUUUUCUUAUACUGAGGCUAGUCAAAUAAACAAUUCUGAAACAAUUUCUGCUACAACUUUAUUUCCCCCUACUGAAGCAACAGAACCUCUAAUAAAUGUUUCUGAAGCAAAUGCUUAUAUUAAUAAUGAAUCAACUUCUAAAACAAAAACUGAAGCAGAUUCUUCAAUCAUUUUAGUAGACUCUGCUUCAUCUUUUAAUGAAGCAACUUCAAUACCGAAAACUGAAGCAGGCUCAACUAUAACUAAUCUAGCAAGUUCUGCUUCAUCUUUUAAUGAAGCAACAUCUAUAAAACCAACUUUAAGUACAACUGAAGAAAAUUCUAUAAAAAAUAUUACCGACACUUCAAAUAGAACAUCGUUCAAAUUAUUAAAUGUUUCUGAAGCUUCAACAAUGCUUCCAUUCGAAACUGAAAUAAAAUUGAGGUUUAAAUCUGGAGCAAGAACAAAGUUUUUCUCCAAAUCUGAAGCAACAACAAAAUUCACUUCCGAAUCUGAAGCAAGGAAGAAGGUUACCCCUAAAUUUGAAACUAGAAUGAAAUCCUCUAAAUCAUCAACUGUAUCUGUAUCAACAAUCGAAUCUGUAGCGCCAACAAAGUUUCCUUCCGAAUCUGAAGCAAAAAUGAAGUCUCCUUUCGAACCGGAAGCAAAGAAGAAGGUUCCUUUCACAUCCGAAACAAAAAAGAAGUUUUUUAAAUCUUCAACCGAAUCUGCAUCAACUACCGAAUCUGUAGCACCAACACACUUUCCUUCAGAACCUGAAACAAAAAUGAAGCCUGCUUCCAGAUUUGAAGCAUCAACCAAGUCUCCUUCCGAAGUUGAAGCAUUAACAAAGUCUCCUUCCAAAGCUGAAGCAAAAGUGAAAACAACCGAAUCUGAAGCAAAAAUGAACUCUCCUUCUGAAUCUGAAACAUCAACAUCCGAACCUCAAGCUUCAACUUCUUUCAAGUUUGAAGCAAUAACAAAGUUUCCCUUCGAAGCUGAAGCAUCAGCAAAGUCUUCUACCAAACCUUUGGCAUCAACUAACAUUUUUAAAAAUAUUGAAGUAAACUCAUCUAAAGCAACAAGAAGACCAGGUACUAGAAGCAAAGAAAUUUCUUUUGAAAAUUUUUUAAAUAAAAUUGGUGAAAGAAAAUUUUCAACAAAAAAGCCAAAAUUAAGUUCAGAAAAUUAUAAAAUAAAUUUGUUGAAUACUACCCCUUUUGAAGCAAUUACAGAAGGAAAUAUUAAUAUUUUUAAGCCUACUAAUAAGUAUGAAACAAAUUCAAUAAAUAAUGAAGCAGCUUCAACAAACAUUAUUAAAACUGAAGCAGAAACAACUAAUCAAAAUAUUGAAACAAAUACUGGACCAACUCUUGAAGCAAAAUCUUUAGUUUCAAAUUUUGAAGCAAAAUCUGAAGCAAAUACUAAAUCAACUUAUCCAAUAAAAUCUGAAGCAACUUCAGAAAUUUAUUCUAAAAAUGCUGAAACAAUUACUGAAGCACCACUAUCUUUAGCUAAUGCUAAGAAUUUGGGUGCGAAUUUUGCUGCUACUGCUUCUGAAGCAGAUUCUGUAACUAAUAGAGAAUUUGAACAAACAACUCCUUUAGUAGGUAUUGAAGCAACUACUGUAGCAAAUAUUGUUGCAACUUCAAAACCUGUAGCAAGUAAUGGAGCAGUUUCUGUAGCAAGAAUUGAAGCGAUUUCAACUCCUUUAGCAAGUAUUGAAGCAAAUACUGUAGCAAAUAUUGUUGCAACUUCAAUACCUGUAGCAAUUAUUGAAGCAACUUCUAUGGCAAGUAAUGAAGCAACUUCAACUGUGGCAAAUAAUGGAGCAGCUUCUGUAGCAAGGAUUGAAGCAAUUUCAACUCCUGAAGCAAGUAUUAAAGCAACUCUUGUAGGUAGUAAUGAAGUAGCGUCAUUAGCAAAAGUUAACUCAACAUCAGCUUCUAAUAUUGAAGCAAAUACUGAAUCAACUUCUUUAAUCAACUCAAGAACGAAUGUUUUAUCGACUUCGGCAGUUAAUGAAGUUUCAUUAAAACCAACACCUGCUACAUUAAUUUUUGACAAAAAUACCCAAAAAAAUAUUGAAGCAAAUUCUGUAGCAUUUUCUACGCCAAACUUUUUAGCAAAUUCUAAUGGUACAACUUCUGCUGCAGAAAGUUCUGAAGCAAAUUCUACUUCAUCAGGGUUCGUGUCCAAAGCAACAGAAUCCUCCACAGCUUCAAAUGUUUCUGCUUCAAGAUUUAAAAUUAGUUCUGAAGCAACAACUAAAACACACCCAAAAACAACCCUAAAAACUCCAAGAAGGUUUACAAAAUUGCAGAAUUGUCUUCAAAAUUGGACAAGAACAACACAAAAUACUGGAACAGCUUCAAUAACAAUUAAACCUAUUGUUGAAGCAUCUUCCCCAAAUGUUUCUCUCAACAAGAUUACUGUCUCUGUUGAAGACUCUACUAAUCUUCUCUCUUCAAAAAUUAGUGUUUUCUCUCCUCAAACCAACACUAUUUCUCCAACUAAACAAAAUAUUGAAACUGCUUCAAUAACAGUUAAACCUGAAGCAUCUACUAAAGCACUAAACAAAAACAUUGUUGCUUCUCCCAACAAGACUACUGUUUCUGUUCAAGACUCUAUUAUUCCUUUCCCUUCAAAAAAUAUUAGAGUUGUCUCUCCUCAAACCAACACUAUUUCUCCCUUAAAAGUUUCUUCUUCUCUAGUUUCUACUAAUUUUGGCUUUAAUUGUUCCAAAAGCUUGCAACAUUAUUGCGGUCAACAAGCUUUUUGUAGCGAUAAAUCAGUCUGUCAGUGUUUGCCUGGUUUUUCUGGUUUUCCUCCACUAUUUCCGUGCAAUGCAGAAAUUUCAUUAAAUGCUUCUUCCAAUUCUUUGAGAAAUUUGGAAUGUUUUAAUAAUUCAGACAGCAAGUGUGGUAAUAGAUGUGAAAAUGGUUACUUUUUGAAUAGUAAUGGCUCUUGUGAAGAUGUGGAUGAAUGCAAAAUGGGUGUUGCUGUUUGUGGAGAAGAAGCAUUUUGUCGAAAUUUAGAGGGAGCUUAUCGUUGUGAAUGUCCUAAAAUUUUAAAAGAUGGUCAUGAAUGUGCGGCAUUAUCACCAAAAUCUAUUAAAGAAUAUAUUAAAGUUAAAUGCUUUCGAGGUGAAAAUUUGGAAAAUUCAGCAAUUCAAGUUUAUUUUACUUCUAAUGUUUGGAUACAAUUUAAAGGCCGUGUAAUUGUUAAUGGUAGUCAGGCCGAGAAUCCAAAAUGUUUUAAAGACUUUUCCAGUAACAACAACAACACCAACAAUUCCUCCAAUUUUUUAAUUCCUGCAAAUGAAUGUAAAUUAAUUGAAAAAGGAAUAAAAAUAAAUACAUUAAGUACACGUCUUUUAAUCAAACCAAUAAUUGAAUUAAAAUCUUUUAAUUAUUUGUAUAUUCCUCCAAUUUAUUUUAUUCAAAUUCAAUGCCAUUUUGUGGAAGAAGAAAAUUUGACUAAUUUUUCAGAAAAUUUUACAAAAACCCCAAAAAUAACAACAAAAAUGGGAAUAACAAAGACACCAAAAAUGACGAGCCAGAAGGUGUUUGAAGAUGUUUUUGAUAAGAAAAUGAUGAGGAAAACGACAAAGACAACUUUAAAAACAAAAACAACAAGAGAAUCAGUUGGAACAGCAACAAAAAGUAAUUUGGUAGAGGAACCUAUUUGUUUGUUGGAUGUGACUGAUAAAAAUGGUGUACAUGUUUUAAAAAUAAAAGCUGGCGAGACUUUAACGUUAACAUUGAGCCUCGUUUCUCGUUUAUGGCAACAAAAAAUUAGAAAUAUAACAAUAUUCCCAAAAAGAUGUUAUGCAAUAAAUUUGGACAAUGGAGGAAGAUAUUGUUUAACAGAUAAUGGAGGUUGUGCUUUUGAAAAAGGAUUAUUUCCUGAAUGGAAAAGGAAAAAUAAUUAUAAAUCAGAGGCCAAUUUCUCAGCUUUUCGAUGGACAGAAACUAAUAGUGUUCGUUUUGAAUGUGAUUGUAGUGUUUGUUCAGAAGAAAAAUGUCCAAAGUUUGAUUGUGAAAAAAGAAGAAAUUUGCGAUUUAAAAAAUAUUUUUAUAACAAUUGGUCUUUAAAUGAAAAUGAUGAAUCUUCUGUUGAUAAUGAAAAUUUGGCUAGUUUAACAUGGCUUUCUAGACCAUCUUCUUUGCCUGUUAUAAUGGAAGUUGAUGAUGAAAACAAAAGGAGAAGAAGAAGGAAAAGAAGAAAAGUUUAG